GUGUGUAUAUAUAGGGGUGCAUUGCUUUGAUAUGGGGUACAUAACAUUUCGUUGUGAAGGUGCAGUGUGUGUAUAUAUAUAUAGGGGUGCAUUGCUUUGAUGUGGGGUACAUAGCAUUAGUUUAUUGGGGCUGUGUCUCCAGCUCUCCUCCAUUGGCAGCCUCUGUUUACUAUGAAGGCACUUGGCACGGGCAGGGCGCCUCGUAAAUCAGCGUCGCCCAGUGAAGUUGUGUUGGCGCCGCUCCACACGCUAUUCCUGGAGGGAGCGGGCAGAGACCACCGCACGCACCACUAUGGGGGUCUGCGCCGCUCAGGUGGUGUCUGGCAUCUGUUGGCGCGCGCCUCGUGCCCAGGGUUGUCCCGCAGGGUUCUGUCUGGCGCUAUUACCUGGCCGCUGUUUAGCAGCGUUUGUGCCUUGUUGGUGCCAGUGAGAUUGGCAUGUUGUACUGAGUGCAGGAAUCCCCUAUUUGUAGUGGGCAUGGAUCCACACAGCGGUGCCAGGCAUGACACAGGUGUCUGCACCCCGCCAUGGCCGUGUGGGAUAGCACACACAUGGUGAUAGGUAUGUGGGUGAUGGCGCUCGGAUAACUCGCUGUUGACUACGUAUGUUCCCUCCAGCCGAGCGCAGGAACACCGGCCACAGAAGUGGUAAAUAACAUAUGUUUGGCCCAUGUGUGAGCCUGGAGCGCCCCCUGCUGCUCACAGCACAACAUAGGUCUGUGAUAGAUUCCCCAGUGACGCUCUAUAUAUAGACAGCCGCUGCUGGCUUAGCGUGUAUGCCGAGGGGAAGCCGCAAAGCUGCUGCGUCCUCACUGCCUAAAUGCCUCUUGUGGAAGCCAAGGGGUUAAAUAAUACAUAGUUCCCCCUGUGGCUUGACAGAGGUUAACUGGAGGUUUUACAUUCCUGUGCACUGUCUGGCAGCUCCAUCCAUCAUUGUGGUGUCUUGUCUCCCUCCUGUACUCAGGACACUUCUGGUAUACACUGGAUAUAGAGGAGGUAUAUAGACAAUAGUGUCCAGCAGUGAAUCCUCAGUCAUGACCUGUCAGGUUGCAGAUGUUGCAGAGCUGAGUUUGUCAUUUGUCAGUGCUUGGCAUAGUCUCGCCAUGUGUUCUUUGUGGGUUUUCUAGGAACUCUAUUAAAUCUGGCUGUAGCGUCCUGAUCUCAUAGUUAUAGGACAGAUUCGCCACUUCUAUAGUCUACGAUUCAAUCAAACCCCCCAAACUUGUCCAAGUUUUCCUAAAUGCCUUGUUUUGGCAACAUAGACGUGUUAUUGAUGACAGAUCAUAUGUGACAGAUCACUGCGCGUAUAGUCAUCUUGGUCUCCCUGCAUUGUGGAUGAUGGUCAGAGUACAUGGAUGAUGUUAGAUAUAGUCGCUUUGAUCUUCUUGCAUUGUGGAUUAGGGAAUGUAGUACAUGGGUAAUGUUAGAUAUAGUCGCUUUGAUCUUCUUGCAUUGUGGAUUAGGGAAUGUAGUACAUGGGUAAUGUUAGAUAUAGUCACUUUGAUCUUCUUGCAUUGUGGAUUAGGGAAUGUAGUACAUGGGUAAUGUUAGCUAUAGCCACCUUAAUCUUCUAGCAUUGUGGAUGAGGGUUUGCAGUAUGGGUGAUGUCUUGAUCUUCUUGCAUUGUGGAUGAUGGUCAGAGUACAUGGGUGAUGUUAGAUAUAGUCACUUUGAUCUUCUUGCAUUGUGGAUGAUGGUCAGAGUACAUGGAUGAUGUGAGAUAUAGUCACUUUGAUCUUCUUGCAUUGUGGAUUAGGGAAUGUAGUCCAUGGGUAAUGUUAGCUAUAGCCACCUUAAUCUUCUAGCAUUGGGGAUGAGGGUUUGCAGUAUGGGUGAUGUCUUGAUCUUCUUGCAUGAGAUGAGGGUAUGGAGUAUAUGAGUGAUAUUGGGUAUAGCUGUCUUAAUCUUCCUGUAUACUGUAAUAGGAGCUUACUCUAUAACCGUACGGUCUAUAUGGAGUCUUGGGACACCUGCAAUUUAGGGGAAGCCUUAGUAUACUUAGACUAAUACAAGCCUUAUUCAGCACCGUUCCAUCAAUUUGGCACUCUCCAGCAGGUUGGGUGGCAUAAGCCACAAAAAGUGACAAAAUAUAGGUUCCAUAAUAGAAACUUGUUCCUUGGCUAUGUGCUGGUGUCAUGUUUGGGAGGGCAGGAAUGUAGUUGGCCCUGUCACUAAUACUGCUCCGGUUAUUUUACAAAGGAGGUGUCUCUGUGCGCAGCUACUAACUAAUGCAUUCCAAGGCAGGUCCCUGCCAGCGCUCCAAGCCAUAGACCCAAACACUGUAAUUCAUGGCCAAGCUUCUGGAGCCGGGGUGACUUGGUGUAAAAAAAAAAAAAAAAAAAAAUCACAUGUUGAGUCAGGAUUCAAAAUGCCAUAAAAUGUUUCUUUUUUAAGCGAGAAAAGGGCAAAACAUCAGAACAAACAUGUGUGUGUUUAUCCAAAAACAACUUUUCUUAGGGACAUAAUGGAAACAGGGCGCCAGAAUCUGAAAAGAGUAUUCGAAGAGAAGUUUAGAUUUUGAACUGAUAGUUUGGGAUAGGGGCAACAAUGACAUCUGCAACUGACAGCUGCAUCCAGUUCACGCGGCAUGCAAGUGAUGUCCUCUUGAAUCUCAAUCGUCUUCGAAGUAGAGACAUCCUAACUGAUGUGAUCAUCGUUGUGAACAGGGAACACUUUCGAGCUCACAAGACAGUCCUGAUGGCCUGCAGCGGAUUAUUCUAUACCAUCUUUACUGACCAGAUGAAGUGCAACAUGAACAUCAUCAACCUUGAUCCAGAAAUCAGCGCAGAGGGCUUUAGGGUCCUCUUGGAUUUCAUGUACACAUCUCGGCUUAGCUUAAGAGACAGCAGCAUUAUGGCAGUCAUGAGCACUGCACUUUACCUACAGAUGGAGCAUGUUGUGGAUACUUGCCAGAGGUUCCUCAAGUCCAGUGAAGAUAUUGUGAGUUCGGUGAAAACAUCUAGAGGGGAAGAUUUCCUUCAAGGCAGGUCAAUGUUACCACCAGAUGUCAUGGCCUACAGAAACUGUGAGAUAGCAGAAAAUACUGUACCUCUUCGUAAUACAGCCAUCUGUGAUGGAAGGUCCUAUAUACCCAACUUGUACAAUGGUUCUCCAUCCUCAUACCCGCUCUAUAGUCACAUUCCAGUUCAUGGGUUUCUGUUUCCAGAAGAUGAAGUAAGAGACGUACAGAUGGCUGACAUCCAAAGAUCCAAUAGAUAUCCUAAGGAAAAUGUGUUACCUGGAGAAAAUUCAAGGACUGUUCUAGGAGAUUACAGGAAAGCAGUCACAGACUUGUCUGUCAAUGUAUGCCACAGCAACAUCUACUCUCCUAAGGAGGCCGCAUUGGAAGACCCCCGUACUGACUCUCAAUACAACGUGCUCGCAGGUUCCAGGUCUGCUGGUCCAUCUGUGAGAAGCAGCCCAUUUUAUAAUUGUGACAAAGGGAAAGAGGAGGAAAGAACAUCCCCAGAAGAUGAAAUAAUACACCUUAAACCUACAAACUCUCCAGUCAACCGCAAAGGUCUUGUUAGCCCUCAGAGUCCACAAAAGUCAGACUGCCAACCUAACUCUCCAACAGAGUCCAGCAGCAGCAAAAAUGCUCGUAUUUCACAAGGAUCCAGCUCUCCUAUGUCAAAAUCCUCUACAGACCCUAAGGCUUGUAACUGGAAAAAGUAUAAAUUGUUAAAUUCCCUGAACCAGAGCGACAAAGAAGGGUGCACCAACCAAAGUGAAAUGGUCAACCUGUCUUCGCCAUUUUACACUUCUCAGGCAUCAUGUCAACAGCCAGUUAAGUCAGAAAAUAUGGACAUUCAAACUUCAUCUAAACUUAAUGGGAGUCUCGAAGACUCGGCUGUGCCCCAGGCUAGCAAAUUGAACAGCAUUGUAAACAGGAGUAUGGAGGGGUCACCUUUGAGCAGUGAAGGCCAUUCACCUCUUUACGUUCACACAUCCAAGUUCAACAUGUUUUCUUCCCAAUCCCCUCCCGAAAUGUGUCCCCACACCCCCGGUUCUAACUUUGGAGAAGAGAUAGCUGAGACACAAUCAGAGUUUUCAGACUCAAGCUGUGAAAAUGGUGCUUUCUUUUGCAAUGAAUGCGACUCUCGUUUUUCUGAAGAGGGCUCCUUAAAAAGACACACUCUGCAGAUGCACAGUGAUAAGCCCUAUAAAUGCGACCGCUGCCAAGCUUCUUUCCGCUACAAAGGAAACCUUGCCAGCCACAAGACUGUACACACCGGGGAGAAACCAUAUCGCUGUAGUAUUUGUGGCGCCCAGUUUAAUCGACCUGCAAACCUAAAGACCCAUACAAGAAUUCACUCUGGAGAAAAGCCGUACAAGUGUGAGACGUGUGGGGCCCGUUUUGUACAGGUUGCUCAUCUCCGUGCGCAUGUACUAAUACACACCGGUGAAAAACCAUACCCAUGCGAGAUCUGUGGAACCAGGUUCAGACAUUUGCAGACGUUAAAGAGCCAUCUACGUAUUCACACUGGAGAGAAACCUUACCAUUGCGAAAAAUGCAAUCUCCAUUUUCGUCACAAGAGCCAACUUAGACUCCAUCUGCGUCAAAAACAUGGUGCGAUCACCAACACAAAAGUCCAGUACCGCGUGUCUCAAGCAGAGCUCCCUGCUGAUCUCCCCAAAUCUUGCUGAGCCCUGCCCAAUGAAACUGGAGUGCCUCUAUUUGACCUUUAAGCGCACAUGGGCAAAACAAAACGGGUUUAGCUUUUUUUUUUUUUUUUUUUUGUCCUGGUCAUGUGAAAUGUGCGACCUUAUUUGUAAAUAUAUAUAUAUAUAUAUAAAUACAUAUACAUUUUGUUUUCUAAAUCUGUGUGGCAUAGUGUCCAUGCACUCUUUAUUAUUUCAGCGUUGUAAUUCUCAGCCUGAGAGAAUCAGAAUGUUGAGGAAAAAGACUGAAUGAAAAGUUUAUUUGGGCAUGCAAAGCCUGUUGCACCUUGCUGUGUGUAUCCAGCCUACAAUGCACUGGCACUCCUGUGGGGAGUGAAAUAUAGCUUUUGAAGCAUCGGCUGUAUAAGAAUCUGUUGUUCUGAUAGUAUGUUUAUUUUGGGAGUGAUUUCACAACGCCCCCUAACAAUAAUGGUGAAGGUUAGUAUCGUUUUAAGAAUCCAGUUUUUGAGCCACUAUACUUUGGUUGGUCGUUCAUCAGCUGGGGUUCCACAGGUCCCGUAAAAUUUCUUGGUUCUUAUGCUUACAGUAAAGCAUUAUUGUGAUUAUCCCAUUUUCCUUUUGUUAAUAUUUGCCAAGAUGCCCCACAAGAAGCACCUUUCUACUUCAAGAUUUUUUUUUCCUUUCGUGGCUAAUUUCCUCUAGCUUAGGAGAACUAUAUUAUCAACAGCCAUGUUUUAGUGACUGUAAAGAAGCCAGGUACAAAUUGGGGAAAACCACAAUGUUGGGAAGUUGAAUUACUUUAAUAUCCUCUUACCAAAAUCUCCAGACAUGGGUGCCAUCUAGCAUUCUAUGGAUGCAACAAAAGCACUUGAACUAAGCACCUUCUUAAAAGGAUGAUUGCCACCUUUAGUUCUCCUUUGUACUUAUGUUCUUAAUAAAAGUCUAUAUUCGGCACCUUAAAUAAAAAUGAUUGAAUACAGAUAUUUAUAUAUAAAUACACCCAAGAAGGGUGUUGUGUUUAAUGGGGACAGUGUUUAGCCACUGUAUAUAAGUGGGACUGAAUGAAUUGUGUCAGUGCCAGGUGCUAGAUGUUUGACAUACUGAUGCGAGGGGCACUUAAGUCUAUGUAAACCUCUUGGCUGCUAUAGGACCUAGCAAUGCCCCAAGCUGUGGUCCAACGCAAGACUGUCAUGGCAGAGUCAACUGACUUUUGUUCUUAGAUUGGGAAAUGAUAAACUGCUCCAUUCUGCCUGGGCAGAGUUUGGCACUUCUCCCGCCUUAGUCCCCUUCUUUAUAGAGCAAUAAGGCAUUCUUGAGUCAUUCAGCCGGUGAUAGCUUAGCCUUUUAGAUGAAGCUGAUAUGACUCCGGAAGUUGCCUUUUUGCUUUGGCUGCAAUAUUAUACCAGCACUAGGAGGCACCUAAAAUCAAAUAUUUUUCUAGUCGCUAACUCUCUUGCACCCUUAAAACAUUAACAAAGUGUUUAAUUUUAUGGUAUGCAAAAUGUGCACUCGGAAGGCAAAAAUAGAACAAAGAAUUAUUGUGUAUGCUUUUUAAGAGAGGGCUUUAACUUUUGUUAUAGUUUUAACCAAAGGAAAAGGAAUUUAUGGCAGAGUUGUAAAUAUAUAUAUUAAAGAAUAUAUAUAUAUACCUAUAUUAUGAAGAGUAAAAGAAAAAAAAAUGUUGAAAAAAAAAAAAAGUAAAUUCUAUAAAGAAAUUCUGAAAUAUGGCAAACAUUUAGAUUGUAUCUGCGGGCAGAAUCCAAUCUGAGAUUUGUUUUAUUGUGAUAGAGCACUUACAAGAUAUUUUAAUGUAUUGCACCAGUGUACGUGAAAAGUUAUUUUGUCUAAACGCAACAGUCUGUUUGUAUUUUAAUUUUUUUGUUUUCUUCUUUAAAAAAGUGAAGGUUUACAGUAAGUUUAAAAACUCAGACACCCUGUCGAAGGAUUAUGUAACUUUUGUUCUUAUUGUAUGUUUGUAAAUAUGUAUAUUUUGUCUUUGGUGCCUUUUAACCUCCUUGGUGCCAGGGGGAACAGCAAUGCGUCGCCAGUCCCACUGGCAUUAAAGGGGUUAAUGAAUGUUUUGAACCCAAUCCCUUUUUAAAGGUACAUCCUAAAGCUAGUCACUAAUCUUUAGGAAAGGUCAGUCAUUAUUUUAUUUUAUAUAUAUAUAUAUAUUUUUUGUUCUCCUUAUGUUGAUUUCAUGACGCUUUGUCCUGCUUGUGUUAAUAAACUGCCGGGAGACAGGGUUUGGGCUGUUUCUAAAACUGCAUUAUUGCAAUGUAAACAAUAGCUGUACAAGUAGAAAAAAAUAAAAUCCUCAACAGCA